ACGUACAGCAUACUGACGACUCCAUGCUCUGGCUCAUCGUUCUACAGGCACGUGAAUGACUGCAACGCCCUUGUCGCUGCCAAGGGUUGGACAAAGGAUGACAAAACAAUCGCCUGUGAUCCUCACACUAUCUUUCAGCUGCAUUGUAAACAUGUAAGGUGGCUUUAUUUUUGUCCCGAGGUGUCUGUUGACCCACUGUAAGCUAUGUGUUUACAUAAUGACUAACGAUACAUAAUAAUAUUAUUAUUACAAUGUAUCCCCUGUGCAGGAGCCCCACAGCGUGACUCUCCUCCUCAAAAGCCACUCAAGUGAUUCUAAGUUGCUGCACAUCCGAUGCGACGAACCUACGUGUAUCCGAGACCUGCUGAGGAGAUAUGACAUAAAUUGUGAGACGGUGUGGAACGACACCAUGUCCUUAUCGUGUAACUCUCCAUGUAUAGCCUUGACUGACCAUGACAUGGACCUCAUCUGCGCGGAGGCCACCCCCGGUAUGAUAACUGGCCGGUCCACAGCGGGGCCCAAAGACACGUUUGAUCAUCGCAUGAAACACCUGAAAGUUCGCACAAAGCACCGCACCAUGAAAAACAAGCCUUACUCUAUACCUACGACACCGCAGAACGUACCGAGAGGCGCGUCGCUCCUGGACGAUGACCUAACCCGAGAGGACUCCAACCCAACGUUACCCACCGUGUUAUAUUACAGCGACCCGCUGUCCACGGUCACCGAAGUGCUGAGGAACGACGGUCGGUUUCUCGGUGAUUGUCAACUCGCCACAUCUUACGAUGGCGAGCAUAACGUGGACGCAGCUGAUGUCCUCAUUUCAGGAGAGACACCCAUUUGUCAGUGGCAGCCCAAUGAGCUGUGCAUUGUGGGUAGAACAACGCCCCCACCUGACGAGGAUCACAUGUUCACAUACCCUUACGAAUGCACCGUCUGCCGAGAGGAAAGCUCGAUAGCCACAUUGACCGGUCCCACGCACGCCAUGCUGCUAUUAUGUGUAAAGCGCUGGUUCGCCGGUGUCAGCAUCUCGUACAGACACGAUAGCAGCGACUUCCAUCCCAAGUUCACAACUUUACCAAUGAUCCACGUAGUGGGAUAA